AUGAUCGAGUUAGGAUUGAGCCGCGUUGCGCGACUCCUCCAACAAACACCGCUGACAUGGAAAGCUAUUCACAUUGCCGGCACCAACGGUAAAGGCUCCAUCAGUGCCUACCUUUCUCAUUUGCUCUCCGCGAGCGAUGUUCGGUGCGGCCGCUUCACUUCGCCCCAUUUGAUUGACCGAUGGGAUUGCAUCACCAUUGGCGAACGGGUUGUCCAGGAAUCUCUCUUCCGGCAGAUCGAGUCCCAGGUCAAACAGCGAGACCAGAAGCUAGGCAUUGGUGCCUCCGAGUUCGAGCUCUUGACCGCUACCGCUUUUGAAAUCUUCAAUCAUGAGCAAGUGGAAGUUGGAGUGGUGGAGGUGGGCAUGGGCGGUCGCCUCGAUGCGACCAAUGUCUUGACUGAUGUGUUGGUCUCGGUCAUCGCGAAGAUCGGAAUGGACCACCAGGCAUUCCUGGGGUCGACCAUCGAGGAGAUUGCCCGGGAGAAAGGAGGAAUCCUCAAACUUGGUGUUCCAUGUGUCAUUGAUAAUACCAACGAGACUGCUGUAUUGGAGACCUUAUCGAACCGCAUCCAAGAACUCGGCAUCGACGCAAUGUUCGUCUCCCCGGACAAAGCCGAAGAGCAACUGCCACCUCUUGCACAAUUGUUCCGAAAAUUGGAUCUCGAGCCUCAUCAACAGGAGAACAUGUGUUCUGCCGUAUCUGCCCUACGUCUCGCUCUAGCCAAGAUUCGACCUCAAGUGGAUGCCUUCUCUCUGCUGCCCCAUCUGUCGGACGUCAAAUGGCCCGGCCGCUUGGAGAAUAUCAACCUCCAGCCUCUCAUCGAGCGCACAGGGCCAGUUCUUCUGGACGGUGCCCACAACCCACAGUCCGCUGCAGUUCUUGGUCGGUACAUUGACCGCAAGCUCCGCCCGACCUCAGAAAACGUGACAUGGGUCAUUGCUGCGUCGAGCGGUAAAGAUCUAGCUGGAGUCUUUUGCUCCAUUAUUCGGCCUGGAGAUAAUGUUGCAACGGCAGAAUUUGGCCCAGUCGAUGGCAUGCCCUGGGUUACACCAACCAACGCCACUGAACUUGCAUCAACUGUGCGAUCCAUCUCGGAAAUUGGGCAAGUGGAGAGCUUCGAGGGCGAUCUGCUCCCUGCGAUUCAAUGGGCCAGCAAGGUCGCCCAGGGCGGUCCCAUUGUCAUUGCUGGCAGCUUGUACCUUGUUUCUGAUGUUCACCGUCUCCUGCGUGAUGCACGUCAAUGA